AUGACUCCUCCAGAGAUGAUUAGUAUGGCUUCAAAAGACGGCCAAGAUAGUACGCCCAGGCGUCACAGUCUCAGUGACGAGUCUGACUCCAACUCAGCUGCUGAUGAGAAGAGACUUGUUGCGAAGCUGGACUUCUACAUCAUUCCUCUUGUAAUGAGUAGGGUCAACAUUGGUAAUGCCCGACUUUACGGGCUCGAAGAGGAUCUGAACCUCUCGUCGAGCCAGUUCCAAGUUGCCGUGUCCAUCCUUUUCGUCACAUACUUGCUCUUUGAGGUUCCAUCCAACCUUGUCCUCAAGCUAUUCACACCUCGUCGAUGGAUCGCGUUCAUCGCUGCUGCAUGGGGAAUCAUCGCCACCCUCACCGGCCUCGUCAACUCAUAUGGUGCUUUGAUCGCUUGUCGUUUGCUUCUUGGUGCCGUUGAAGCAGGCCUGUUUCCUGGCUUGACGGUGUAUCUCACUUUCUUCUACACCAAGAGAGAACUCGCCCUGCGUGUGGGUUAUCUGUUCGUUAGCGCUGCAGUCGCUGGAGCUCUAGGUGGUCUGUUGGCAUAUGGCAUUGGACAUAUGGAUGGUCUCCAUGGCAUGAGCGGUUGGCGAUGGAUCAUGAUCAUUGAAGGAAUUCCCAGUUUCUUGCUUGGUGUGGUGACAUACUUCGCUCUGCCUAAUGAUGCAGAGACAGCAUACUUCCUCGACGAGAACGAAAGGGCGCUUAUGCGUUCGAGACACGCCCGUGAGUACGGAAACACGGCCUCCAGUCGUGAAUUCAGCAAGAAGGACAUGAUGUGUGCCUUUAAGGACUGGAAGGUCUGGGCGUUUUGUGUUGCGCAGUUUGGCGUCGACACUAUGUUGUAUGGGUUCUCAACCUUCCUCCCGACUAUUAUCAGGGAUCUCGGUGACUGGACGGUUGCAGAGACACAACUCCUCACCGUACCAUGUUACUUCCUCGGUGCAGCGGCGUACAUGUCGACCGCAUUUCUCUCAGAUAAGCUUCAACAGCGUGGGCUUUUCUGCGUGAUAUUCGGAGUCAUUAGCGUUGUUGGAUAUGCAGUCCUGCUGGCUGAUGUGUCUUCCGGCGCCCACUACUUUGGCUGCUUCCUGGUAGCUGGAGGCUUGUAUGUUGUUGUGGGCUUGCCACUGGCCUGGUUGCCCACAAACUCGCCGCGUUACGGAAAGCGCACUACUGGUACGGGUAUGCAGUUGACUUGGGGUAAUGCGGCAGGCAUUAUGUCUGCAUUCAUCUAUCCUACUUCGGAUAAGCCUCGAUACAUUCGCGGGCAUGCUGUGACGCUCAGCAUGGUAGCUCUCGGCACUGUCAUUUAUGGAUUUAUGUGGUGGUGGUACCGACGAGAGAAUGAACGACGACAGGCAGGUCUGGUGGACGACAAGUUUCGAGGAAUGGGAGAGGAUGAGCUGGCUGAACUUGGAGAUGAGAGCCCACGUUAUAGAUAUACCAUUUAG